AAAAGAAUUUAUCGGAAUGGAUUAGGGUAUGGGUCGACUGUCAUGGUAAUCUGAUUGUGUAUACUUUACGUUUGAGUAUUGCAGUUGUUAAAAAUACAACAGUUGAGAUUCAGUUGAGGUAAACAAGCUCAGCAGGAAUAGAUACAGAAUGGAUAAACGAAACCCAAAAUAUACGGCAAAUUUAAGCAUACAAAAAGUGGAACAUUUCGCCAACGACAGAAGCACUAUCCAUGUCAGCCAUGUAACCAGCAAUGAAAGAGCAAAGACCGUCGGCAUUUUUUGGGAUCUUCAGAACUGUUGUGUACCAAAAGGAAAGUCAGUUUUAGAACUGGUCGAGAAGAUAAGAAAAACCUUCAUUCCCGAGGACUCGGAAUUUGAACUCAAGACGUUUGCUUGCGUGUGUGACACGAAAAAAGAAUCACAAAUGACUAUCAAAGAUUUAAAUAGUGGAACAGUAAGCAUCCUACAUGUUGAUGCUGAUGCCAAAAAUGCUGCUGAUGAAAAAAUUAAAGGUCUAAUGGAUGAAUUUGUAAAAGAUGCACCAACAGGAUCUAAAGUGGUAUUGAUCUCAAGCGACGUCAACUUUUCCGACAAGCUCUCCCAUUUUAAAAACAAGUGCAAACUUCAAGUUGCCCUGGUGCAUGAAGAGAAGGCAAACCCAGCUCUCUUGCAACACGCGACACAAACGUUUCGCUGGGAGGAUCUCACACAUGACUUAUCCGAUAGAUCUGGAUAUCUUGACACUUCGGAUCCUAUUCUAAUAAUCGACGGCUACAAAAUCAGCAGUUCCAGCGAUAAGGAGAAAAUAAAACUUGAGCUUGAAAUAUUAACUCAACCCUGGAAAGGCAAAGUACAACCUGUUGGAAAUAAAUUUACGAUUGUUUCAUUGGAUGAUAAGAAUAAUUUAGAGAGUGCUAAGAACACAAUUAAUGGAAAAACCGUUCUAGGACAGAUUAUCAACGUAGCACUACUGGAGGAAUCCUGCUACAAGACAGCUGUAGAAAAACAAAUAAAUGCCAACAAACAAGGUGUUAGUGAAACAAAGCUUAGUAAAAAUGAAAGAAAAGGUUCUGCUAAAAGGGACACGCAAACUAAUUUACUAGACAUAGCUUCAGAGAGUGCUAGUGUAUGCACCACCCUCGUCCGAGAAGGCUGCGCUAAAAAAGGCGCACAGCCAAUACCAUCAACAGUUGAAAAUGCAGUUCGAGGUUUUGGACUAUUUUGGGAUUUUGAAUCGUGUUCAGUACAACCAGGACAGAUAUCAAUCACGUUGCAAACAAUAUUGCACAGAUUCUGCCUUGCUGAGUUUAGACUUAUUGAAAAUCUGUGUGUCUGCGACGUUAGGCAACAACCUGAUUUAAUUUUGAAAGAAAUGGCUGAUUGUCAAUUAAAAACUGUGCACAGCAUCGAAAACCCAAGUGACACAAUGAAAAAUUGUUUAUUGGACUUCAAUGCACAAUGUGGGGUAGGAACCAAAGUUGUUGUCAUUUCAGGAAAACCUGAGGAGCUACGUUUAACUGACAUGAAACACAACAAAAAAGUGUAUAUUGUUCUCAUUCAUAAUAUAGAGAACCCGACAAUUUGCUUGGAUUUGUUUGCCACACAGCAUCUCAUGUUGUCUGAAUUGUUUCAGCCGAGUGACUAACUUGUUAAAAGAAACACUAUCAAAAACAUCACCAAUAAUGAUUUUUAAUUUUCAAACUGUUAGUAACAGAUUAGAUAUAUUUUUCAAAUGUAAAUGUUAUUUUCGAAAACGCACUGUUAGCACUGUUUCGAAGCACAAUCCAAGAACAAUACAAGUAACUGUGCACAUAUUAUUACAAAUUUAGGAGUUCAGUAGAUAAUUGUCUCGGAAUUAUAAAAAUAUAUCUGUGUGGUGUAGCUUUGGUGAGGAAUGA